UCCGGCUUACAAACGGCUGCAGCUCCACAGACAGGAGUAAAAGUGUGCAGGGAUUUUGCAUCAGGAUGGGGUCACCAGUAAAGCAUGCAACACCUCAUAGAGUUAACGUUCACACCCCGGGUCAGGACUCGCCUCUCCCCCCGAUCCAUGAGCGUCUGGCAUACCUGCGCCCGUCCAGAGAGCUGCUGGAGUUCUACCGGCAGAAGAUCGCCCAGUUUGACACUGAACACGAAGAACUGCUGCAGAUGCUGGAGAAACAUCGAGGCAUCACUGACGACCAGCACAAGCUUCAGUGGGAGGUUCGACAGCGGGAGGGAGAGAUCGCAGAGCUUCAGAACGCUCUGAGCGACAUGCAGGUUUUCCUUUUCCAAGAGAGAGAGCAGUCUCUGCGGCUUUAUGCAGAAAAUGACCGACUGAAGAUCAGAGAAUUGGAGGACAGGAAGAAAAUCCACCACCUUCUUGCCCUUGUGGGUCCUGAUGCAGGAGAGAUCACAUACUUUCAUCGGGAACCUCCUCACAAGGUCACAAUCACACAGAGGAGCAUCGAAUCCAAGGAAGAAGAAAAUCUCAGUCUGCGACCAGCAAGGCUCAGACCUGCUGCAACCAGCAGGAAAGGAGAUGGUACCAGGAGAACCAAGUCAUCAGAUGGGAUAAACAGAGAAAGCUUGGAGCAGUACAAGAAUGACAAUCAGACAUUGUUGCUGCAGGUGGAGGCGCUGCAGGCUCAGAUGGAGGAGCAGACCCGUCUGGCCAAAGAGCAGGUGGAGGCUCUGCUGGAGGAUCGGAGAAUUAAAACGGAGGAAGCACAAGUACAGCAACAGAGAGACCAGGAGCGCAUCGCUUCUCUCACUGACAAGCUCAAGCAGACUCAGAACCUGCUGCAUGAGAGCACCAGGGAUUUCUUGCAGCUUAAGUUUGACACACGGAAUCAGGAGAAGAGCUGGAUGGUGGAGAAGGAUCGGCUGCUCAGGGAAUUAGAUUCCUGCCACGACCGUUUGAGAAAGGCUGGACCCUCCGGCAGUGAGGCGGGCCGGCCGCGGCAGCCCGGCAGCAGCACCGCCGUGCUCCACCCGCGGCCACAGCCACAGCCAGAAGCGCAGCAGCAGCAGCAAAAAGAGGAGCUGAAGCUAAUGCAGGAGGAUCUGAAGCAAGCCCACCGUCUGGCUGAGAUGUACCGAGAGCAGUGCAUUACAAUGGAGACAGAACUGUCUCAGAUCAGAGAGGAGGGCGACGUUGGCAGAGAAAUAUUCAAGGAGCGCUCUGAAAAAAUGGCCAAACGUCUCCAGUUGAUGACCCAGCGUUAUGAAGCGCUGGAGAAGAGGAGGGUCAUGGAGGUGGAGGGCUUCAAGACGGACCUCAAACAUCUCAGGCAGAAACUGAAGGAUGUAGAAAAGCAGCUUGUUAAGGUUACUUUGAAUGUGGGGCCCAACCAGGACCUCGCCAUCCUGCACGAGGUACGCCAGACCAACGCAAGGACGAAAAAGGUUCAGGGCGAACUGAUGGCACUGAAGGCUAAAAUCUACGGACUGGAAAACGAGCUGAGGUUCAGCUGAGGAACGUUGUGUGAUGCAUUGAUUAGGUAUAGAUGUUUGUUCUAAUGUGAUUGUUGAAGGUUAGGCUGGACAUGAUGUUUGUAUUUUGACCAAUAAAAUCAUUAUUUUAAAUUAAGAGACUCUAUUAUAUUUCUGAAUGCUUCUUAUUGUUUUAAUUUUUGUUGACAAGCAACCAGUUAUGCACAGUGUAAAAUUGUAAAUGGAGUAUUUAGAUAAUAAAUUCAUUGA